AUGUAUUUUUAUGACUAUAACCCCAUCUUGAUUGCUCAAUUUUGUUGCAUAGCUAUGAGCUUAUUGUCAGUUAUCGGAGUCAUCAUUGUAUUUAUCUUAGGCAAAGGUUGGAGAUAUUUCAUAGUUAUGUAAAUUUUUAAAUUUAUAAUUAGCCUCUUCUUUACCCAAAUCAUUUGUAUGCUUUUUUUCUAUGUACCACAAGUAUUAACACCAUUCAUUUUUAAUGAUGAAGGCAAAUCAAAGGAAAAUGAUUUUUGUUAAUUUAAACAGAACGACGAGAGUGAUCAAGAAUGCAUACAAGAAACAUGUAAUAUUAAAAUAUUCUAUGCGAGUUUGUAAAUUGUAGGGAUACUUCAUCAAUUCUUCAUUUUUGGCAUCCACAUUAAUUUCCUUAUAUUCAUCCUAUAUCAUUAAGUAAACAUUAAAUCCGAAUUCUUAAAUUGGGAAAAAAGUUAAAUAAAUUUAUUGGAUACAUUUUGGAAUUGGCAUAUUCACAUUUACCAUAUGCAUACCAAUGCUGUUUAAAGCACAAUACAAUCAUUAUGGAACCUCUUGGGGCAACUAACUAAUAUACUACGUUUGCAAUCUAGAAAUUGAGUCAGAGGAUUUGUAUACUCAAACUGUAUUCUGGUUAUAAACAUCUAUUACGACUGUGUUGAUCCUGGUAGGAAUUAAAUUUCAUUGUUCUGCAAAGAAACUGAAAUCUAAAAUUAGAACUAACUUUGUUGGGGAAUUCGAUGCAUGUUCCUCAUUAAAUCUCUACAUCUUACCUAUAACUCUACUGAUAUUUUGGACAAUUAAUGUGGUGUAGAAACUCAUUGAUAUCAAAACGGAUUACAUUAGAUAAUCGGGAUAUGCUCUAUAAGCCAUUUGGUUUUUACCAUAACUCUUAUUAGCACUCCAAGGAUUUAACUAUGCCUCUCUAUUUUUUUACGCAUUCUAUUUAUAAUUAGUGCCUAACCUUCCAAAGUCGUUAUAAAGCACUUACUUGUUCUUUGCUAAAAUAAGUUUUUAUAAUUGUAUAUAUGGGAGAAUUGCUGUAUUGAAUUUAUAUAAUUUUAGGAAUCUAAAAUACUAAAAGAUUCUCUUCUUUAUGAAGCUGAUUCUGCCAAGGAUAGUACAUCAUCUUAUAUACAGAAGGAUGAUUCCUCAACAAAUCGAUGA